AUGGCUGGUGAGCGCGGAGUCAACACUGGACAAAGCGCGGAACGUGGAUCGUUUGGACCUGUGCAACGGCUUAAUUAUGUCGAGCGUGAUCUUUCCCAGGUCCUCCAAGAGCGGGAGAAACUGAGGAAGGAUCGAGGUGUUUACCUGCAGAGGAUCCAGUACCUGGCUAAGGAGCAGAUGUGCUUCCAGCAGGAGCUGCGAGAGCUGGCCACUCCGUACAGCGUCUUGUUUGACCAAGAGGAGACCCAGCGACAGGCGGAAGAGCUGCUGGAGCGCAUUAAUACCCACCUGUUGUUCUUGCGGCAGGCUGACGACGCAGCCAGGUACCACCUCCUCAGGCUGCAGCAGGAGGCCAUACUCCUGGGCCUUCCUCCUCCAGCCCACCCCUGGUCCUCAGACGCAGAUAUUCUGCUUCCAGACGAGGAGGACGAGAGCCAACAGCAGGGAAAACCGAUAGGUGGUGCAGAGCCAUCUCUUGAAGAGACAGACGGGCCUGUGGCUGUAAGGACUGAACACACAGAGGGAACUGUGCUGAGAGUCCCUCCAAAACAGAACACACUCAUCAGUAAUCUAUCAGUUAAGGACCUUCCUCUUGGUAGUUUGAAGGCCGUUGUGGAGGGAGUGGAGAAGAAGCUGAGCUUCAGUGCAGACGAUGUGCUAACGAAGGCCACCAUGCUGGUUGGGGAUAAAGUUCAGUUUAAAAUAUCCACCAACCUCAAGACCAAGGCAGAGAGGGCCGUCAACGUGGAGAUCCUGGCCGACACCUUUGAGUGCGAUCACACAGAGGCGCAACGCAAAAUAGGUGUGGUUCUUGGCUUGAGCAACUCAUUUGGAUACAUCAAGUGCUCUCAGGACCCCAAACUGGUCUUUGACCUCUGUGAGGUCUUGGAAGACAAGAAGCUCUCCAACUCAGAGAAUGUGGAGUUCACCAUAGUGCCAAACACGGUGGCUGGGACUGGCUACCAAGCCAUCAGGAUCAGGAGACAGAAAAUGUUCACCCCUGUGCCAACACUGGACAGCCCCACUACAACACAUUCAGAGAAAGUGUUCAUCUCUGUGCCACCAUUAGAGGGCCCCACUACAACACAUUCAGAGAAAGUGUUCAUCUCUGUGCCACCAUUAGAGGGCCCCACUACAACACAGGCACAAAAGAAGAUUACCAUCCAACCAACAAACACCAAGGAAAGGAUGCAGAAAGACACAGGAAUCAAUCCUGAUGGCCCCAAAACAGGAACGCAUGUCCAAAUUCUGCCCGGCUCAGUCAGUGCAGUAAAACUUGCAAUGACAGAGAAUACAGAGGACCCCAACACAAAGACAACAGAAGCAUCUGAAAGGAGAAGCAGCAUCCACCCAAACUGUGACCAUGGCAAUCAAAGCAGGAACAGAAUCCCAGAUAAGGGUGGCAGGACUGAUCGACCUCAGAGUUACCGUAGCUCGAGCAGAGAAAGGAGACAAGUAGGAGUAAGCAAAGACGAGAGUGAUAGAGAGAGAAGUCGCAGCAGGAGCAGAGAGCGGUCUACCGGGAACAAGCGGAGCAGGAGCAGUGACAGGGUUAGGGACCAAGGCAGAGAUCGGAGUCACCGUAGCUCAAGCAGGGAAAGGAGGCGAGGAAGAAGCAAGGAGAGGUGGAACAGAAACAAUAGUCGCAGCAGGAGCAGAGAUCACUCCCAUAAGAGUCACAGUCGGAGUCACAGCAGCAGUCACAGCAGAAGUAGAAGCCGGGAAAGAGGUGGCAAAAUUGGUCAAUUUGAGAGGCACCAUACAGCAACCAGAGAAUGGAUAAGAAGAGAAACGAGCAGGGAGAGGAGCCGUAGUGAUGGGCGGAGUCGCAGCAGGAGCAAAGAACUUUCCCCCAGAAACAGACGUAGCAGUAGCUGGGAGGGGAGUAGAGAUGGGGACAGGAACAGGGGCAGAGACCAGGAUAGGAGGAGCAAUCAGGGGAGGAACUUUAGCUCUGAGUGUAGAGAUGAGAAGCGACAAAGCAGCAGUGGUGAGGGUUCCUCCAGGAAACGCAGGCGGAGCAGGAGUCCCAAGAUAGAGCCUGUGACUGCAAAGGUUCGUAUGGACCUGUCCAGUUCUAAGGCCUCUGGUACUACCACCUACGGAUCACCCAAUCCUCAUGCAGUUGAGGAUGAGGAGGGUGAGGAUUUGGCCAGGAAGAAAAAGGAGCUGGAAGAUUUGAAUGCUUUGAUUGCUGAAAAGCUGGCUGAAAUUGCUGACUUGGAACUAGAGAUGACAUCUGUCAUCUUUGAUGACUCAGGAAACACCAUCAUCUCCCUCCAACAGCCCCAGAAGGAUGAGAACGCCCCAAAGAACACAUCUCAACCCCGAAGCCCUCCAGCCACCUCCACUGCUUCUGAUGUUUCAUCCAGCUCAUCUCCUGCGGUUUCAUCCUCUGGAACACCCAGACCAGAAAACAGCGGUGGUCUACCUCCAGAUUUGGACAUGACUCCAAAAGACUCAGGAAACACCAUCAUCUCCCUCCAACAGCCCCAGAAGGAUGAGAACGCCCCAAAGAACACAUCUCAACCCCGAAGCCCUCCAGCCACCUCCACUGCUUCUGAUGUUUCAUCCAGCUCAUCUCCUGCGGUUUCAUCCUCUGGAACACCCAGACCAGAAAACAGCGGUGGUCUACCUCCAGAUUUGGACAUGACUCCAAAAGACUCAGGAAACACCAUCAUCUCCCUCCAACAGUCACAGAAGGAUGUGAACUGCACAAAGAACACAGCUCAGCCCCAUAGCUCUCCAUCCACCUCAACUCAAAAACGCAUGAAACCUGAAACAUAUAAAACAGUCUGGAUGUGUGGAUAUGCUCUUUCAGGUUUGGCCAGAAGGAUGGCAACAGCACAAAAACAUGCCAGUAAACUGGGGAAUAAUAGUCCUAGCAUUAGGGUGCACCACUUGGGAGGUGCUGGAAUGACCUGGACUAACCUUGUGCUCCAAAUGCACGAGAUGAAAAGCAACCAACCAUAUCCAGACAUGCUCAUCAUCCAUCUUGGAAGCAAUAACAUCAACAUGACAAAAAAGGAAGACUUGCUGAACACAAUCAAGAAAGACUUGACUCUCACACACAACAUCUUCCCCCAGUGCCAGAUUGUGUGGUCUGACAUGCUGUUAAUGCGUUUCUACAAACAAGGCAUGACUCCUAGUAACAAGGCUGAUGAGGCAGGCGACAGAAUUCAUGAGGUGAUCAAUCGUACAGCGCAUGCUAUAGUUAAUGACCUGGGGGGAAGAGUCAUCACCCAUGACAACAUUGGCCCUGAACUCUAUAGCCCCAGUGGCAAUGAAAUGGUCAUCUCAGACAAAGGCAUUAGAAGGUUCAACCUUAAUAUUCUGCAGUUUGUGGAUGAGUGGAAGAGGCAGGUCAACUUUGUGUCGGCGCACACCGAAACUAUUCCGAAAUCUCCAGAGCCCACUAACAACAACCUAGAACCUGUUGAUCCGUUUCACGAUUCUCUCUUGCAUUCUGUUGACGAUGUGGAUGUGACUCAAGAAGUCUCGGGAAACGCUAUUAUCUCCCUGCAACAGCCCCAGAAGGAUGAGAACUUCCCAAAGAACGCAUCUCAGCCCCGAAGCCCUCCAGCCACCUCCACUGCUCCUGAUGUUUCAUCCAGCUCAUCUCCUGUAGUUUCAUCCUCUGGAACACCCAGACCAGGAGAGAGCGGUGGUCUACCUCCAGAUGCGGAUUUGGAUGUGACUCGAGAAGACUCGGGAAACACCAUCAUCUCCCUCCAACAGUCACAGAAGGAUGUGAACUGCACAAAGAACUCAUCUCAACCCCAUACCCUUCCCCCCACUUCCUUUGUUCCUGACAUUUCAUCAAGCUCAUCUCCUGCAGCGGGUGAUGACAUGGAUGUGACUCCACUAGACACAGCCACCAUUUCCCCACAACAGGAGUUAAACCAGAAGCAGCAGCAGGUCAGAGAGAGCAAUGAGAGUUCUGUGGAGGUGAACCUGACACAUGGGAGCAGUGAGCCCAUCACAGGCCCUGUUACCAAAACAUGUGAUGUGAAAGGUCCACCCAAAGUGGUCUGGAUGUGUGGUUUUGCUCUUUCAAAUUUAGCCAAAAGGAUAACAUCAGCACAAAAUCAGGCUGCUAAACUAGGGAAUACAUGCGCGAGCAUGAGGGUUUACCAGUGGGGGACUCCUCAGAUGACCUGGACGGAACUGGUAAUCGAGAUGUGCCGGUUCAAACGUCAGCAGCCCCGCCCAGACAUGCUCCUAAUUCAUUUGGGAGGGAGAAACGUUGACCUGAGAAAUCCACACUGUAGUCUGAAAAGCAUCAGGAAGGAUUUGGGUAAAACGCACAGAAUCUUCCCCCAGUGCCUGAUUGUGUGGUCCGACAUGCUGCCAGGAGGCUCCUGGAAAUUCAAAUGCAUGACUGACGAAGCCGCAACAAAAGCCAUUAAUGUAAUCAAUCACGGAGCACGUUCUUUAAUAACUGACCUGGGGGGGAGAGUUAUCACUCACCAGGACAUUGGCAAGUCGUUGUAA